AUGUCGGCGGGGGCCAUGUGGAUUAUGCACGACUGGGGUGAUUCUGAGUGCGUCACGAUAUUAAGGAACUGCACGAAAGCCAUACCACCACGAGAUGCAGGUGGCAAAGUGAUGAUCAUAGUAGAUACCGUGGUUGGUGCAGGGCCUACAAAUCUUAAGAAUAGGGAGACACAGGUCAUGUCUGAUCUCUUCUUCAUGAUUGUCAACGGCACUGAGAGAGAUGAGCAAGAAUGGAGGAAUAUUAUCUUUGAAGCUGGUUUCAGUGACUACAAGAUUACACCAGUUUUAGGUGUUCGAUCAAUCAUCGAGCUCUACCCCUGA